GCUCUGAAAAAGGGGCAUCAUAAACUGUACCGCUACGAUGGGCAGCAUUUCAGCCUGGCGAUGUCCAGCAACCGCCCGGUGGAAAUUGUCGAAGAUCCCCGGGUUGUCGGGAUCUGGACCAAAAACAAGGAGCUGGAGCUGUCGGUGCCCAAAUUCAAGAUCGAUGAGUUCUACGUGGGCCCGGUGCCUCCGAAGCAGGUGACAUUUGCCAAGCUGAAUGAUAACAUCCGUGAAAACUUCCUGAGGGACAUGUGCAAGAAGUAUGGGGAGGUGGAGGAGGUGGAGAUUUUGUACAACCCCAAGACCAAGAAGCACCUGGGCAUCGCCAAGGUGGUCUUUGCCACGGUCAGGGGAGCCAAGGAGGCGGUCCAGCACUUGCACAGCACUUCGGUCAUGGGUAACAUCAUCCACGUGGAGCUGGACACCAAAGGGGAAACUCGCAUGCGGUUCUACGAACUGUUGGUCACCGGCCGAUACACCCCCCAGACCCUCCCAGUGGGUGAGCUGGAUGCUGUCUCUCCAAUUGUGAAUGAAACCCUACAGCUGUCAGAUGCCCUGAAGCGCCUCAAGGAUGGUGGCCUGUCUGCAGGCUGUGGCUCUGGCUCCUCCUCUGUCACCCCCAAUAGCGGUGGGACACCCUUCUCCCAGGACACAGCUUACUCCAGCUGCCGCCUGGACACACCCAACUCCUAUGGACAGGGCACCCCACUCACGCCGCGCCUGGGCACCCCCUUCUCACAGGACUCCAGCUACUCCAGCCGCCAGCCCACACCCUCCUACCUCUUCAGCCAGGACCCUGCGGCAACCUUCAAGGCCCGGCGCCACGAAAGCAAGUUCACAGAUGCCUACAACCGCCGUCACGAGCAUCAUUAUGUCCACAAUUCUGUGGUCACUUCAGUGGCCGGGGCAGCAGCCACCUUCCGGGGCUCCUCGGACCUCCCAUUUGGGGCAGUCGGCAGCAGUGGGGCUAGCAGUGGCCCUCCCUUCAAAGCUCAACCACAGGAUUCGGCCACAUUUGCCCACACUCCCCCGCCUGCCCAAGCAACCCCUGCCCCUGGAUUCAAGUCAGCUUUCUCUCCAUAUCAGACCCCAGCACCCCCUUUCCCCCCACCACCUGAGGAGCCGACUGCCACAGCUGCCUUUGGGGCCCGUGACAGUGGGGAGUUCCGGAGGGCACCUGCACCCCCACCCCUGCCACCCGCUGAGCCUCUGGCCAAGGAGAAGCCCGGCACGCCCCCCGGCCCACCACCCCCUGACACCAACAGCAUGGAGUUGGGAGGCCGGCCAACCUUCGGCUGGAGUCCUGAGCCCUGCGACAGCCCAGGUACACCCACACUGGAGUCGUCACCUGCAGGGCCAGAGAAGCCCCACGACAGCCUGGACUCUCGCAUCGAGAUGCUACUGAAAGAGCAGCGCACCAAGUUGCCCUUCUUGCGGGAGCAGGACUCAGACACUGAGCUGCAGAUGGAGGGCAGCCCUAUCUCCUCCUCCUCCUCCCAGCUCUCCCCAUUGGCCCCCUUCAGCACUAACUCCCAGCUGGGCUUCCGUGGCCCCACACCACCCUCCUCACGCCCCUCCAGCACUGGCCUGGAGGACAUCAGCCCUACGCCACUACCUGACUCUGACGAGGACGAUGAGCUUGACCUGGACCUGGGGCCACGGCCCCCACCUGAGCCAGGUCCCUCAGACCCCACUGGUCUUCUGGGCCAGACAGCUGAGGUGGCCUUGGACCUGGCCAGAGACAGGACCCCAACCUCAGAGAAGAUGGAUGAGGGCCAGCAGUCCUCAGGCGAGGAUAUGGAGAUCUCAGACGAUGAGAUGCCCUCGGCCCCCAUCACCAGCGCUGACUGCCCCAAGCCCAUGGUGGUGACUCCAGGGGCAGCGGCUGUGGCAGCCCCCUCCGUGCUGGCCCCAACUCUGCCGCUGCCCCCACCACCCGGCUUUCCACCACUCCCCCACCCUGCCGUGACAGUGCCCCCACCACCCCUGCCGGCGCCACCCGGUGUCCCACCCCCACCCAUCUUGCCGCCAUUGCCACCCUUCCCGCCGGGGCUAUUUCCUGUGAUGCAGGUGGACAUGAGCCACGUGCUGGGUGGCCAGUGGGGCAGCAUGCCCAUGUCCUUCCAGAUGCAAACGCAGAUGCUGAGCCGUCUGAUGACGGGACAGGGCGCUUGCCCCUACCCACCCUUCAUGGCUGCCGCGGCUGCCGCCGCUUCAGCUGGGCUGCAGUUUGUCAACCUGCCACCCUACCGGAGUCCCUUCUCCCUGAGCAACACUGGCCCAAGCCGUGGGCAGCACUGGCCUCCCCUGCCCAAGUUUGAUCCAUCGGUGCCACCACCAGGCUAUGUACCACGUCAGGAGGACCCACACAAGGCCACAGUAGACGGCGUCCUGCUGGUGGUGCUCAAAGAGCUUAAGGCCAUCAUGAAGCGUGACCUGAACCGCAAGAUGGUGGAGGUGGUGGCCUUUCGGGCCUUCGACGAGUGGUGGGACAAGAAGGAGCGGAUGGCCAAGGCCUCGCUGACCCCUGUGAAGUCAGGCGAGCACAAGGAUGAGGACAGGCCGAAGCCAAAGGACCGCAUCGCCUCGUGCCUGCUGGAGUCGUGGGGAAAGGGCGAGGGCCUGGGCUACGAGGGUCUGGGCCUGGGCAUUGGGCUGCGUGGGGCCAUUCGCCUGCCCUCCUUCAAGGUCAAGAGGAAAGAGCCUCCAGAUGCUGCCUCCUCUGGUGACCAGAAGCGGCUGCGGCCCUCAACCUCUGUGGAUGAGGAAGAUGAAGAGUCCGAGCGGGAGCGGGACCGGGACAUGGCAGAUGCCCCCUGCGAGCUUGCCAAACGGGACCCCAAGGGUGUGGGUGUGCGGCGACGGCCUGCGCGGCCACUGGAGCUGGACAGUGGUGGGGAGGAGGACGAGAAGGAGUCUUUGUCUGUGUCCUCGUCCUCAUCAGCGUCCUCGUCCUCGGGGUCCUCAACCACCUCACCCUCAUCCUCGGCAUCCGACAAGGAGGAGGAGCAGGAUAGCACUGAGGAGGAAGAGGAGGAGGAGGAGGAGGAAGAGGUGGACGAGGAGGAGGAGGAGGAGGGGGGCCCCAGGAGCCAGGUCUCCUCGUCCUCGACCUCAUCCACAUCAGACAAGGAUGACGAUGACGAAGACAGUGAUGAACAGGAUGGGUCUGAGGAUGAUGGCGGAGAUGCAGUCCUGUCAGAGGAGAGUGAGGAGGAGGAAGGGGGCUCAGGUGGAGAGGAGACACUGAGCAUUGCAACCUCCAAGGCUGAAGCCGAGUCAUCCAGUGAGAGUUCUGAGUCUUCUGAGUUUGAGUCAAGCUCUGAGUUGGAGUCUGAGUCCUCGGAGGAGGAAGAAGCAGUGGCUGCAGGGGAGCAGGAGGAGGACGAGGCCGCAGAGCAGGAGGCAGCGGCGGUGGCAGAUGAGAGCGUGGCUCCUGCAGGCCCUGAGGACUUGGAGGAGGAUGGGGAGGAAGCCUCCCAGGCCCCGGGGGCACCUGUGAUGAAGUCCUUGGGCACGGAGGAGGAGGUGGACAUCGAGGCUGAGGACAAAGGCCCUGAGGAGCGGAUCUCUGUGCAGGAGGAGCCUCCCUUGCCUGUGGGUGUGGAGGAGGUGGUGGGCUCCAAGGAGCCCCCCAAGAAGCCUGGCCUGAACCAGGAAGGGGCCAUGUCCGUGUCCCCAGAGCCCCCUGCGGGAGAGAUGGAGGCCCGGCCCCCAUCAUCCCCUGAGCAUGCUCCAGAAGACGACCUGGAAGUGGAGCCCGAACCUCCUACAAUGCUGUCCUUACCCCUGCAGCCACCAUUGCCACCACCCCGGCCACCCCGGCCACCUAGCCCACCACCAGAGCCUGAGACCUCCGAACCCCCACACCCGCCCAUCCCUCUGGAGCCUCCACCCGAGGACCAACCCCCGCGUACUCCAGGUCUCUGUGGCAGCCUGGCCAAGUCGCAGAGCACAGAGACAGUGCCAGCCACGCCCAGUGGGGAGCCCCCACUGUCAGGGGGCAGCAGCGGCCUGUCAAUGAGCUCCCCACAGGUGCCCGGCAGCCCCUUCUCCUACCCAUCCCAGUCUCCUGGCUUGAGCAGCGGAGGCCUACCACGGACACCUGGCCGGGACUUUAGCUUCACACCCACCUUUCCUGAGACUGGUGGUCCCCUGCUCCUGCCUGUCUGCCCCCUCCCAGCUGGCCGGCGAGAUGAGCGCUCUGGCCCCCUGGCCUCCCCGGUGCUCCUGGAGACGGGCCUGCCCCUCCCUCUGCCCCUACCCCUGCCCCUGCCCCUGGCAUUGCCUGUGCCCGUCCUGCGGGCCCCGGCUAGGGCCCCCGCCCAGCUACCACCCCUGGCCCCCUGCCCACCCCCCAUCAAGAGGAAGCCGGGCCGGCCCCGGCGAUCCCCGCCAUCCAUGCUCUCCUUGGAUGGGCCCUUGGUCCGGCCGCCAAUGGGGGCCACACUUGGAAGGGACCUCCUGCUCCUGCCAGGCCAGCCACAGACCCCAAUCUUCCCCAGCACCCAUGACCCACGGGCCGUGACCUUGGACUUCCGGAACGCAGGGAUCCCGGCCCCCCCACCGCCCCUUCCUCCCCAGCCACCUCCACCCCCUCCUCCACCACCUCUUGAGCCAACCAAGCUGCCCUUUAAGGAGCUAGACAACCAGUGGCCCUCCGAGGCCAUCCCUCCAGGCCCCCGUGGGCGUGACGAUGUUACCGAGGAGUACAUGGAGCUGGCCAAGGCACGUGGGCCAUGGCGCCGGCCACCGAAGAAGCGCCAUGAGGAUCUGGUAGCCACCUCAGUCUCGCCUGAGCUCUCACCACCCCAGCCCCUCUUCCGGUCCCGCUCAGAGUUUGAGGAGAUGACCAUCCUGUAUGACAUCUGGAAUGGUGGCAUCGAUGAGGAGGACAUCCGCUUCCUGUGCGUCACCUAUGAGCGACUGCUGCAGCAGGACAAUGGCAUGGACUGGCUCAACGACACACUCUGGGUGUACCAUCCCUCCACCAGCCUCUCUUCAGCUAAGAAAAAGAAACGGGAUGAUGGUAUCCGUGAACAUGUGACGGGCUGUGCCCGCAGUGAGGGCUUCUACACCAUUGACAAGAAGGACAAGCUCAGAUACCUCAACAGCAGCCGUGCCAGCACUGACGAGCCCCCCACAGACACCCAGGGCAUGAGCAUCCCGGCACAGCCCCACGCCUCCACGCGGGCGGGCUCAGAGCGGCGUUCAGAGCAGCGCCGCCUGCUGUCCUCCUUCACCGGCAGCUGUGACAGCGAUCUACUCAAGUUCAACCAGCUCAAGUUCCGGAAGAAAAAGCUCAAAUUCUGUAAGAGCCACAUUCACGACUGGGGCCUGUUCGCCAUGGAGCCCAUCGCGGCUGACGAGAUGGUCAUUGAGUACGUGGGUCAGAACAUCCGCCAGGUGAUCGCGGACAUGAGGGAGAAACGAUAUGAGGAUGAGGGUAUCGGUAGCAGCUACAUGUUCCGGGUGGACCAUGACACCAUCAUCGACGCCACCAAGUGUGGCAACUUUGCGCGCUUCAUUAACCACAGCUGCAACCCCAAUUGCUAUGCCAAGGUGAUCACAGUGGAGUCGCAGAAGAAGAUUGUCAUCUACUCGAAGCAGCACAUCAACAUCAACGAGGAGAUCACCUAUGACUACAAGUUUCCCAUUGAGGACGUCAAGAUCCCCUGUCUCUGCGGCUCCGAGAACUGCCGGGGGACCCUCAACUAGGCCCCUGUGCCUGGUGCCAAACACGAAGGAUGUCGGCUGCCACCCUGGGCUCCUGAGUGUGGACCCCACGGUCCCAGGGCCUGGCCCCACCUCCCGCCCCCAUUUCAGGUGCUGUCCCUCCACCCAGCGGCCAUGUCAGAGCCUGAUGUCCCCAACACUACCCUCCAGGACCCACCCAUGGCUCCAGCCCCUCAGCGGGAAAGGGCUUCUCUGUCUUUCAGCCCAUGUCCCUUUUGUUUUUAAAAAAUGCUCUUUUCAGAAUUUUUAUUUAACUCCAACAAAAACUUCUCUCUGUCUUUGUG